UUUAAGGGCUCACUGCCUCUGGUUGGAGAUCUUUUCCUUUUGUAGGUUUCCUCUGCAAACCUGGCAUCUUCUCAUACUGCUGUCCAAUUGCUACAUGGUCCAAUAAUGAAGACUGGCCUUUCAACUGCAGGACAACUUGUGUUGCUGGUGUUCAAGGUUAGGAUGCUGGAAGAGCUCUGGCAGGUGCCCUGGAUUCCUCAGUUUCACAUCCAUAACGUCCCUGGGAUCUUUCUGGUACUUUGACUUAGUAGGUAUUUCACCAAAGCUGGAACAACAAUCCCACGGUUGGGAUCUCAAUAAGGGUCACUGGGAAAGCAUCAGAAAUGCACACAAACAAGCUGGGUUGAGCUUCCCUGAACCUGAGUGGUUUGUAGGCACCAAAUUUCUUACAUCCCAAGAAAUGCUUUCUCAAGGAAGACUGAACUGGAUGAGCAGAGAGAGUAAAGGAAAGCCAUGACUUCCUUCUGUUAGCUGUACAGUUUCUGUCCCACAGGAGCUAUAAAGCAGCAGCAAUCCCUGUGCCUGCGAUUACCCAAAUUCACUCAGGACAAAGAAUUUGUUGUGACAGGAUGGACAGGAGGAGGAGAGGAAAGAGGGAGAGGAUGUGGACAGAAGGAGAAGAGGGAACAGCUGUGCUGUCUCACCGUGUCCUCCAUGCCUCACCCAUUCCUUGGCUGGCCAUGUGGGCACUGCUGCACCUUCAACAAUUGGUCCUGGCCAAGUCCACUUGUCCUGUUCCUUCCACUGUAAGUUACAGCUAAUGCCACCCAUUGGGACGGGCUUUAUGGCAUCAUGAAUUCCUGUGGAGAGCAUUGAAGUUCUUGGAUCAGGAAGGCAAAGGGCUGAUAUUUAUGAGGCAUCUCCACUCAGCAGUGAUGCUGCCCAUUGCACAACAUUUACCUCUGUCUUCCAGGACCUCUUGGGACCCUCGGCCUUGCAGAGCUGUACCUUGCCGUUCUUCACCCCUGGUGCUGCAGCUUCUUUCCCCUCUCACUCCCCCUUUCCUCCUCCUCCUCUCCCCAGCUCCGUAGCAGUUUCCUCGGGAGUGUUCAGCUUGCUGACACAUUUGCCACAGAUGGAUGGUGCACACGGAGACAGCUGUCACUCCUGAUUUGCGGUCCGCUGCGUGACAGCGGGACUGAUGCCUUCUGAAAGGCCGUCUCGCGGAGCACAUGCACUCUGACAUUCUUCGAGAUGAGCCCUACAGACACCUCUCAAUGGACCUCGGGAGAAGCUGGCAAGCUAACCCUUCCUGCUCCCCCCCCUCCCCGAAGCAGCCUGCAGGCUGGAAGAAAGCAAGCACUCUGGUGUGCACACGAACACACACACACACACGCGGCCAACCUCCUUGGGUAGUUCUCUGCCACCACUGGCCUGCCAGGUCCCAGCCCGGCUGUUUGCUCCUGAUGCUGGUGUAUGAAGUGAGGCAGGCUGAGAUUUGCAAGAGGGAAAGGUCAUCAGUGAAGCUGUUCUGUUCCCCUUUUCCAUCUUUCUAAUUGCAGGAGGGAGGGAUGUGAGCUCUGUUUUCACUCCGCCAGAGCAGCUGCCUCCAGUCUCUGGAGUUCCUCUCUUGCAGCAUAAACUGACUCUGCAGCACCAGCCCCCUCCGGGCCUCUGCCUUCUCCAUCACUCAUAGUGCUCUCCAUCACUGAUGAUGGUUUCCAUCACCGAUGGUUGUCUCCAACGCCUCUGUUCCACACGGGAUGAGGUCACAGCAAGAUGGAAAUCCCUUCCCUUGGCUGAGGGUUUCCUCCCACUUCCCCCUAUGGGGCAGGCUGCCAUAUUGGGUCUGGCAUUUGCUAUGAUGGUUCCUCACACCAGCCUGAAACCAGCUGCAAACUUAAGGCACAGGAAGCCCUGGGAGGUGGUGAAGUCCCCAUCCUCAAAGUUGAACUGUGGAGAUGUGGCUCUGAGGGCCAUGGAUCGGUGAGUGGAUGGUUGGGCUGGAUGAUUGUAGUGGUGUUUUCCGACCUUAAUGAUCCGUGAUUGAAUGAACCUAUGGACAAUACCUUUCUGGUGGGGUUUUCAGCUGGACAAAGAGGAAAUAGUCUUCAGCUCUGAGCUGAAGGAUGUAGGAACCUGCAAGUACAGAACCAUGUAGGAGCCUGCUCAGCAAGACAGACAGAAAAUGUGUGAGUUUGCACCAGGGCUCAGCUUUCCUGGGCCCCUCAGCAACAAGAAAUGAGGCUUCCAUUCAGCCAGCUGUGAAGGCUCUGCAGGUGUCCAAAAUGUGUUAACUCACUUACAAGCAGCAGAAUAAUAGGCAUAGAGGGCUUCAGUGCAAGUAUGCUGCCUUUGAGCAUUAAAGCUGAAAUUCAGCUCUGUUAUAGGGGAAAGGAUAAUUCUGGUCUAUCAGGUACCUGUGCCCAGCCAGCAUCAGCACAGGCUGCAGGCAAAGCAGGACUGAGCCAGGUCCUACCAGGGCAAGAGGGAACAUUUACCCCAUGAGAAAGCAGGCAGGACAUCUCCAUCUAUGGCAAAAUCUUAGGAACAAGAGUCAGAAGAUGCAGUGCACGGAGGGGUAUUUUGGGGAGAAGGGGGGGCAGUGAAUGAGGGUGAAACGGGCCACGUUUUUAAUGAAAAAUGCUUCAUUUCUGAACCUUAACAAGAUGAAUGUAGAAACGUUUGGGAAAAGUAGUGGCAGAGGGCAGAGAAGCUGACAGUUAAAACUAGAUGGAGAAGAACACAAAAUGGGGUGCCCAGAAGGUCAUGGUCAGCACAACGUGGAGUGGAUCCCAACUGCUGGGGAGGCUGGUGGUGGAAGAAGCCUCUCCUUUCAAGAGAUGCUCUAACACCAUCAGGGUCAUUGGCAGCCUUGUGCACGCCUGGCACGGGGCUGCCCUGGUCCCGGAGCAGCACCAGGUACCAGGAGAUGCCAUGGAGAAGAACGUUGUCCUGAAAACCCACGGCCUGGGGCUGGAUGGCUGCAGAGCCGCAGGCAGCAGCAGCACAGCACAGAGGCACGGAGCGUUUUGCAGUCAGCACCUGUGAGCGGGGCUGCGGCCCCUCACCUGCUCCGGCAGCGAAGCAGCGGGAUCAAGGCGAGCCGUGAAUGUCUGGAGGCCUCGCAGAGCACAUGAAAGCGGCUGCUGGGAGCCGCGAUCACAGGCGGAGAGCGGGGAAAGUUCGGCUCGGGCGGGGAUUUCUGGCAGGCAGAUCGCUGGGAGCUGCGGAGCAUGUGAUGCUGCCUUCCAUAUAGGGGCAGGAGCAAAGCAAGACCAACUGAUGGACGCCCUAGGGCCAGACUUGCAGACAAUAUAUAACCUACUGCACGAUCUGAAACGCUUCCCACUUUCACAGCGCGAACAUCAGGCGGAGCUCAGCCGUGCUGGGAGAGCAGCCCUGGUGCAGGGCACACAGAAGUUCCUGGUGGAGGCAGAGUGAGAUUUAGGCACUGAGCCUCUCUGCUCCCACCAGGAGCCAUCUCCAGAAACCCACUGCCAUGUCCAAGGACGACGUGGGCUGCAAGCUGACCUCUGUCUACAAACACAAGGAGAGGAAGCCAAAAAAGCCCCACUACAUCCCGAGGCCAUGGGGCAAACCCUACAACUACAAGUGUUUCCAGUGCCCCUUCACGUGCAUGGAGAAAUCCCACCUCUACAACCACAUGAAGUACAGCCUGUGCAAGAACUCCCUCUCUCUCCUCAUCGAGUCUGACUGGCCCUACAAGAAGGGCAACCUGCUUCACCCAGAGCUGCGGCUCCUCCAUGCCACCGAGGCCACGCGGCUGCGCGGGCGGCAGGACGAGCCAGAGACCUGCGACUCCUCGGCCACAUCGGGAGGGUCAGGAAGAAUUAAGCAGCCCCCAGGCAGGGGUGGCCAUGAGGAGAAGUCGGCAUCAGGAGUGGAGAUCCUGCCUGCUGAAGGGGCUGGGGAAGAAGGCAGCCCAUUCCAAGAGGAGGAGGAGGAUGUGGCUGGCCUCUUGAGGCAGAUGGAUGCGGGGGAAAAGAAGGAGAAAAAUGAAGAGGCAGGUUGCCAAGGUGAUCCAGCUGAACCAGAAGUGAACACUUUGGUCUUUGGCUUCAAGAACAAGAGAGAGAAGCCUUGCAAGGAGGUGGAGCCUGACUUUAUCAUCACUGAUGUCUUCUCCCUCAAGAACCAUGUCAUGAAGAGCAGAGAAAUGGCCUCCCCGGACCUAGAAGCUAAGCCAAAGCAUUGCAAAGUGCCAAAGAAAUGCCUGGCCAGUGGUGGGAUACUCAUGGAGCAGUGGAAACUGGUGGCAAAUGGGCAAAGGAGGAGCACACCUGAGGUCUCCCCACCUUGUACCGACAGCAACAUCAUCCCAUGCUACCCACCUCCAGCCUACAGUGACUACCACGAACCUCAGGGCCUCAACCUCUCACUGCUGGGCAUCAACUAUCCCCUGAACCCCAACCUAUUCUCCUACCUGAGCCCCACCAUGGCCAGCAGCGCGACAACACACCCGCACUUGGCUCAGCUGCCAUUCCUGGCCUCCACGGCCCAGCUGAUGCACCCACAUGCUUCCCAUUUCCAGCCCCUGCAGAGCCCCGAGCGCUCUGCCUUCCUGCCUCGCUUCUACUACCCUUUGCUCUUUGAGCACACCUUCAGCUCUGCAGAAGGCAAGAUGUCCUCCAGCAAGCCGGAGGCCCAGCAGCUGGUGGGCUCGGUCAUGCCCACCCCUCCCCAAGCCAAGACUCCCAGUGAGCCAUCCAAACCAGGGCUGCUGAAGGUACCGGUGCUGAAAACAAGCUUUCCUUGGCCCAAAGGUGGUAGAGAAGAGCCAGCCCUUGAGCUCAGCCAUGGACACAUACUGGGGCAGGAAGAAGACAAAUGGCUGCCCCAAGAGAAGGAGAGCAACCCGGACCUGGGACUCAACAACCUGCGCAAAAAGCCAACCACCGACAUCUUCCAAAACCUGGGGGGGAUGAAGGAUGCCACUUUUGCCCCCAGCAGCAUCCAGAAGGCAGAGCUGACAGCAGUGACCUGCCUGGAGACCAGCAGUCCCACAGGCAACAACCUGAAGAGGAAGCUCCCUUCCAAUGAUCUGGAUUUGAUAGGAUCUGAAAUGCUGAUGCCUGGAAAAGUCAGCUAUCAGAGCAGUGGUUUGAGGGCCAGCACCGGCCACAUCCCCAGGGCUCUGGAUCACUGGCACAUGGAUGUCCUGGCAGGCUGGUCUGAGGAACCUGAGAGGGGCAAAGACCCUGAAGCCCUGCCCUGUGCAGGUGCUGCCCCUGAGCACAGCCUCUGCAAGCAGAGCAGAGAGCAAGAACCUUCUGCCACCAUGACAGACUCUGAGGCUGCAACGGUGCUUAUUGGGGACCUCUCCAAAACCUUGGAGGAGUACCAGGAGGUGGAGAAGAAACUGUCUGACCUGGCAAAGGAGGACACUCCCGGGCAGAAAGAGCUGAGGGAUCAACUAGUCAAAAUCCGAAGGGAGCUCUACCACAUCCACCAGGCAUUGGAGAAAGCCUCCAAACCCCACGAGGGGCCCCUGGACCUCUCGGUGAAGAGACCCUCUGAGGGCCUGGAGAAGUGCCCGCAGACCAAGAAGGAAACAUGCAGUGUAGGCCUGGGGAUGGAGAAGCUCCAUGGCAAAGACCAAGGAGCCCUCAACAAAUGUUCAGCCCCAGCUGAGGCUGGAGAUGAGGAGGGGCUGCCAAGCUGCCUCCUGGAGGCUGAAAACAAAACCAUCGACCUGCUGAUCAAGAUGAGCCACUCGGAAAACCUCCGGGCAUCCUCUGAGCCCCACCUGGGUGCGGUGAUCAAGGCGGAGGUGCUGCCCCUCGCCAUGCCGCUGGAGCUACGGCACGUCAUGGAGCCCUACUACAGCCGCACCACCAAGUGCGAGGCGGACUCCAGCGUCCUGCUGUGCUCUGAUGGCAGAUCCAGCACCACCCAGGGCCCUCCGCUCCCCGUCACUGCUGAGGAUGGGCCGCUGGGAUGCCGGGCCAUGCAGCGCUCCCUGUCCUGCAGCCUUCCCAGUGAGACAGACACGGUGUGUGUCCACAGCCCUUUGCAUGCUGACCCUUAAUUCCACCUUGCUUGAAAGCUCCUGGAUCUCACUAGCCACCUCAUGCUUGACCUUCCUAGUGUCCCAGCUCUCCGGUAUCCCUCCUCCCCACAGAUGAAAGCUUCACCACUGCCUGACUCCAUAAAGUGUAAGAAACCAGCCCGUGACCCCCUCCCCACUGUCCUUUUGGGCUCUGCAUGUUCAACAGCCUCAGCUCCCUGGUCCUGGAGCUCCCUUUGGAAGGGAAGUCACUAGCAGGCAAGAAAAUCGAGCUGCUAAAAGCACCAAGCUUUCCAUUGAAGGCUCAUCCAGUCUUAUCAGAGACUCUCAGGGACUUCUGCAACCCAGCUCCCAUAGCAGGGGUGGGACCACAAAUGGGGUGUCUGCAAGACCAAGCCUGGGUCCAGAUGUGGUUGUGCUCAAGAGACUGUGUCUGUCACCUUUGUACAGAGCAGAGCUGUGACAACUUCAUCCCAUGGUGGCUUCAGGGUCACAGAAGGGAAGUGUUCACCCAGAUGAACUGACCCAGAGGCCAAGUACCUCCCACACUGUAAAGACAAGAACAUCUUCCCAGCCACAGCGACAAGAAGAUGCAAUAGCCAUCUCGCCUCAAAGCAUGGCUCCACAUCUGGGUGCUGAGCUCUCUGUCCAGAGGACUUGCCAUGCAUGGGUACUGCGGGGCUGCAGGGACACGUUCCUGCCCAUAGUUCUUCCAGUGUCCAGCUGUUUUUCUUGCCUUUACACAGACAUGACUUUCCUUCCCUCUGCCCCCUUGGCCUCUCCCCAUGCAGAUAUGAUGCAUGCUCCUCACAAAGACCCAUGUCCCUGCAGGAUACCAUUCCCAUGAGCUCCUGCCCACUAGUCCUAAACUCCCAAAUGAUGGUAAAUAGGACAGCAAAAGGGGUGAGAUGGUGGUGCUGUGAGCCCUGCUGCUCAAGACACAAAGAUGCUGAAAACAACUGUAAAGGGACUUUGAGAUAUGCAGCUUCUGUGCUACCCACCCCUGCCCACUCAGCCCUUACCUCCUCUGAGGAACAGAACCACUCCUGGGUCUCUCUGCCCACCCCAAACCCCAUCUCCUCCCUGCCCCAAGCAGCACGUUGUAUUUCCUAGCAGAUCCUGGGCAUCUUAGAGGUCUGAGACACCAGAGAAGGAGCUGGGCUCCCAGACCACCAGCCCUGGGCUUCAGCAGGAGGUCUGUGCCCAGACCACCACACAGUGCUGCCUUUCUCCCUUUUAGCUGAUGGAUUGCUCGAGCACAGGUUGCCUCCCCACACCAGUCCCUGGCUCCAUCCCACCACCCCCACCUGGGACCCCCCCCCACUCACCGGUGCCUGGGGCGGCAGCCGGUGCCCGCAGCCCUCGCUGCAUCACUCACGGCCUCUCCUGCCUCCGCACUAAGCCAGGGGGCAGGCAGGAGGUAGAGGCCAACCACACACUAUUUAUUGUUCACAGUUUUACGAAUGUACAAAAUGAAAACCAAACCAUUAAAAAGAAAAACCUC